AUCCUGAUUGCGAUAGACAUACUGUUGGAACAGGCAAAAGUCGAGGGAGCCAUUGAUAUUCCCGGUCUGGUCACACGACUUCGUACGGAACGUGUGGGCAUGAUUGAAACCGUGGACCAGUACGAAUUUGUCUAUCGGGUCAUCACUGAAGCCAUUGUGGAUGGAAACACCGAGGUGCUGGCACGCAAUUUUUUCACACACAUACAACAACUGGACGAAAUUCAGACCACAUCGAGCUCGGACUGGAUGGGUGGUGGUCCCGGCAAAGUCACAUGUACCGGUCUAGGCUUGACAGGAUUUCAAUUGGAAUUUCGCAAGAUCAAUGCGGCCGCACCGAUUCUGAAAACACAAGGUCGAAAUGUGGGCAAAAAAGCAACCACCCCGAUCAUGCUGACCAGUUUGUCCAGCCCGACUGGACUUAAAUAUGUCGAUUCUGGUGACGAGGCUUUGACAACGGUCAACUUGACAAAGAACCGAAUUUUGCAUGCCGUACCGUUUGACUUCAAUCGUGUGAGCCUGUGUCCCAUCCGGGGAGUAGAUGGAUCGGAUUAUAUCAAUGCAAGCUAUGUGGACGGAUAUCAGGACCGGAAUGCAUUUAUUGCCUGUCAAGCGCCCAUGGUUUCAACCGUAGAAGACUUUUGGCGAAUGGUCUGGGAACAGAAAAGUGAUGUGAUUGUGAUGCUGUGCGAUCUGUCCGAAGGAGGCAAGGUUGGUGUCCACAAAGAAAUUUGGCCUGUUAUUGAUCUUGUCCAUUUGAAAUGUGCUAAACGGUUACAAGAUCAAUCAGCACCCAUCAGUUUGUUCCGAUCGCGUAUAUUAGAGGAAUAA